AUGGUACGCAAAAUAAGAAUAGGAAUCAUAAGACACCCAUGUUUUUGAACUUAACUGUAACUUGGUAAGGCAUGAUUUUGAUCCUGUUCAUCUGCACAAACUUCCUCCAACAGGAUCUCAAACUUAAAACAAACUGCAGGCAGGGCCGAAUCCCAUCCCACCCCAAACUGGUGUUUGCUUUCAUCUUAUUAUUUUGCUUUUCUUUUUAGCAUACUGUCUGAUAAAAGUUUCUGAGUAACUUAAAAGCUCACUCACAACCCAGGGAGUCUUGGUCUUAAAUAUGAGAUAGUAUUCUUAAUGUUCCUGUUCCUGUUCCUGUUGUUGUUGUUGUUGUUGUUGUUGUGUGUUUUAAAAAACAACAGCAGAGUAACCUGAGUUGUUUAAUGAAUCUAUAGCUUUAUUUGUUUGCAGAAAGCAUAGAGGAUCUUGGCUAUUUAAUGAACAUUCAUCCUGAUUUGUUUGUGAGGAAAUUAGAUUAAGUUGCAUUGAGCAAGUGUUAUCCCAAACUUUCCAGUGCAUUUCCCCACCACUUUCCUUAUCAUAAAAAGCCCAGUUUUUAAGUAAAGCAGGUUUGUUUCGCAGGAGCUCCAGAUCAGCUUUAAUUGUACUACAUGCAUUGCGGGUAUGUGAUUAAAUCUCACCCCAAAAUAACAAUAGUUUUGAUUUGGUUUGAUUAGCACUAGCAUGUCAGUGGACGCCAAUGAAUUGUUCAGGGUGCUGAAGUUUAACUCACUGUUCAAUGCUACCAUCGUCUGGUGACUUGAUGGCAUUGCAUUGGGAAAAUUUUCUACAUUGGAAGCUUCAAACUCAAAGGGGAUGGGGGAGCCAAACUCCUUGCAAAGCAGUUGCUAGUAAUAGGCUGCACUCAAUUGUUUUUGCUGCCCAGAAUGGCACUGUAGUAGGCUAGCUUCUAAAAUGCCUUUUGCUAUACUGCUCCAAUGUGUUGCCAAAAUGAGAGUCAGCGUAGUGCAGCAGUUAGGGCACUGGACCAGGACCUUCAUGGAUCCUCAUAAUUUUUACAAGCACUCCCUCCCCAAGCCACCAUCAAACGGAAGCUGGCAUUGAUUCUACUGUUGUUUACCUUGGUGUUCCAUCCUUUCUCUAUUGAGCUUAGCAUGGCAUACACAAGUAUGUGGGCUACCUCACUUUAUCCUCAUAAUAAAUUGUGAAGUAGGCUGCACUCAGGCACUGACUAGCUCAAUGUCACCUAGUGAGGUUUAUAGCAGAUCAAGGAUGUGAAGUCCCAACAUGGUGACCACUAACAGUGCAAUUUGCAGCCUCACUAUUCUGUUUAUUUAAAAUGUGUAUAGACUCCUUUUUGAACAAAUUGUUUCCAAAAGUGGUUUCCAAAAAUAUACACAAACCAUUGUAUAGUUUGAAAACCAGUUUAAACAGAUUUACUGUACAAAAUGUUAUUAAAAUCACCAUGAACUAAUAUGACUAACUUGAUUCUAAUAAACUGGGUUAUUCUAUGUGCUGAUCCUCUUUGCAGUUCAUAUAUCUAUAUUUAUAUAAAGAAAAACUUUGUAAAACAUCAAGCGGUGGAGGGAAAAAUAUGUACUUCAUGUACGCCAGACUGCUAUAAAAUAUGGGUGUUCUACCAUAUGCCUCAUUAUUUGUGUAAUCAGUAAAGUCACACCAGAAUGCAUAAAAAUAAAAAAAAAUUGAUUUUCUUUUGGCCUCUUGUAACUUUUAAUUUUUAUGUCAGUUUUUCCAAUAAUGUUGUUUGUCGGAUUGCAUUAUACCAUUGGUCCAUAGUUAAUUGUAAUGAUUCCCACAUCCUGGCAAUAGUUGUUGUUGCAGCAGUUAACAGAUGUUUUGAGUUCUUUUACAAUACAAUACAAUACAAUACAAUACAAUACAAUACAUACUGUAUUGUGAUGACAUGAGUUAAGUAGAGCCAGUCCUGGGUCAUGGGGACUGUCUGCCUUGUAAUUGUAAUUAAAGAUAUUUCUGUAAUCAAAUAUAUUUUUGUAAAUACAUUUUUCCAUAACUUUUCAAUUUUUGGACAUUCCACCACAUUUGCUGAUACUGUAUGUCCUUAUAGCGGGACAUCCUCUCCAACACAUGGGAGAACUCAUCGGUUUUAUAAAGCCUAGGCUUCUAGGUAUUAGGUUCCAGCUCUGUGCAAUUUUAAGUGGUCUUUCUCUGGUCAUUGCUGCUAUGGAUUUGUAUGGCACUUUUGUCCACAUUUUUGUCCAUGCCUCUUUUUAGAGCCAGUAUAGUGUAGUGCUUAUGAGUGCUGACCUAUGAAAGAAAAACCUAAGGUAUGGGAUAACAGGCUUCAUAAACCCCACUCAGUCAUGAAGCUCACUGGAUGACCUCAGGCCAGUCACUGCCUCUCAGCCUAACCUACUACACAGAGUUGUUCUGAGGAUAAAAUGUGGAGGGAGAGAACCACAUACACUACCUUGAGCAAUGUGGAGGAAAAGUUGGUAUAUAAAUGUACUAAAUAAGACAAACUUGAAAGAACGGAUGGAGUGAAUCUGGCUCACUCAGCCUACCCAUGAGGGAACACAUUAUUAUUUACCCAGGCUUUGUUUUUAUUGGGAGGGCAGGUAGAUAAAGGAUGAACAAAGCAAAGGCCACAGACAUUAAGUUUAGUGGAAAGGGCUUUGAAAUGUACGGUACGUAUUUUGGGGUGACCUUAUUGCCCUUUCUUACCUACUUUAAUGCUGUUGUUUAUUACUUUGAGGCACUUGAGGGUUAGUGUGGUAUAAUGCUUAUACAGUAUCAGACUAGGACCUGGGAGAGACCAAGGUUCAAAUCCCCAAUAGGCCAUGAAGCUCUCUGGGUGGCUUUGGGCCUAGUCUACCUCACAGGGUGGUUAUGGGGGUUAAAUGAGGAGGUGAACCAUGUACUGUAUGCUACAUUAGAGCUCCUUUGAGGAAAAGGUGGGAUAUAAAUGCAAGGGAUCAUAAGAAUAAAAAAAUCAAAUUAAGCAACCAAGCAUGAUACGGAAAGACUGCCGUCUCAUAUAAAUCCUCCUCUUGGCCCCUCGUAAAAUGCCACUUUUUUUUCGAAGCCCGCACAAGGAGCCUCACUAUAUUAUACAGGAGACAACAUCCUGCGCCAGCAUUUCGAGAGCAUAUCACCCUAAAGACUUUCUCGCCAACAUUGGGAAUUGUAGUCCCCCCGCGGCGAUACUUCUAUGCCAGCUAGUCUAGCUUGGGCUGAAAAAGACUCCACCUCCCAUCAGGCCUAAGGGUGGCGCCUGCGGACGUAGAGCGCGCGAGCUGGAAAGGGGGAGGAGCUUGACUUUAGAGAGAGAGCGCGAGAGUCGGCGGGGCGGAAGAUAGUCGGUGACGGGCUCCUGCAGAGGCAUGCCGGUUCUUGUAGUACAUGACGUGAAAGCCGUCCGCGGUGCAAAUAGGCUAGGGGGGGCGGAAGAACUACAUCUCCCAGCGGCUUCACUUAGUUCGCUCCUGGCUGGUAGUGCUGCGCGCGCAGGACGUCUGGGCCUGCUGCUACUGCUGCGGUGGUGAGCUGUGAGGUAGGCAAAGGCGGGCGAGAGAAGAAGGCCGCGUCUGAACGGUGAGGAGGAGGCCGCGGCCUGCGGAUUGUUGUUGUUGUUUUCUGUUUCCCCUCCCUUAAGAUCGAAAAAGAUGGCGAAGGAUUAUGUUUCUACCUCACACACCCCAGGCAGGGGGGUGCUGAGGUGGAGCUGGGGGGGAGGGGCGAGUGGGGGAGGGGUAUCGCGUGCCCUGGGAGGAGGUCGGUUCGCGAGUAGGCCAAGGGGUAAAUGGAGAGGGCCGUUAUUUCUGAUAGCAGAGCUGAAUCGGGGCUUUUUUAAAAAUCGCCCCCGAAAACCAGACGGGGUUUUGGCAAAUCCACCUAGAAGUGUUGGCGGGAGAGGUACCGGGAAGGCGGCCUCUGGUCCUGUCCUCUCCUUUCGCGAUUGAAUGGAUGCCGACAUAUUUUUUUUUUAAGAAGUCUGCGCGCGAUCAGGUGAGGGGGCCGCUUCCCCUCUUGAGUCAGGUGCCAUGGCACCCAACCCCCCUUGCGUGCAGUGUUUAUUGUCUGUCCAUUCCGUCUUCCCCAUCGGCAUUCUGCUUUUCUUUCUCUAAAAGGGAGCUGCAAAUUAAUUCACAAUUAGAUACGAAUUAGCUUGUGUCUACAUAGUGUGAGGAGUGGUCCUCUAGAUCAAUGUUUCCCAACCUUGGGUUCUCCAGCUGUUUUGGGGCUACAACACCCAUCAUACCUAGCUAGCAAGACCAGUGGUCGGGGAGAAUUGUAAUCCGAAAACAGCUGGAGAACCCAAGGUUGGGAAACACUGAUCUAGAUGAUGACGAUUAAUUCCUAGCUCUUUGUAGCUGCAGCUCCCGCUCCACGUGGCCUUGUAGUCCAAGGACACUGCAGGACUGCAGCUUACCUACCCCUGCCAGCAGGACUUUACAGAACCCAAAAAGAGAAGAGAAUGUUGUAGUUGAAGUCUGGUUUCAGUAGGGCAUGGAAAUUAGGGGCUUUCUGUUCUAAAAACUCCCUUGUGCAGACUGUUGAGCAGGCUUUGGUUCUGCCACACACCAGCUGUUAGGUGGUACAGCUGAAGCCUGCUUUCCUUUACCAAUGUACCGUAAUAUUAGGAGUGCACUUCAAAGAUGCUCCUAAUUGUGCAUUGACUGCUGCAUCUCUGUCUUCCUCACAUCGUAGGUGUUAGUAAGUGGGCAUGAUUUGGGAAAAGUGGCCUAGCAAAUGAAAUUUUAGAUGCUGGUUGGCCAGAUUUAGCCUGUGGGCCAGAGGCUCCCCACCCCUGACAUAGUUCAUAAAACAAUUUAUUUACUACUUUUACUUCUGAGAAUAGAACUCAAACCAUUGGGAUCAUAUUACAUGAAAAGGGUUUUAGGUUAAAUAUUAGGAAGAGCUUUCUUACAGUGCAAGUUGAUAAAAGGCAUUUUGAACCACAGAGGUCACGUAAAUAUUGGGUGACAAUAUUGAGUUAAUACUAGCCCCUAAACUGUGGCCCUAAUGCAUAAGAGAAUGCAAUUUUUCCAGAACAAAUUUAACACCAUCAUCUGGUCAGAUAAACCACUUACCAAGGUACCUCCAUCUUGUCUAGAUUGAAUAUCAGUCAAUAAACCCUUAUCCAAUCUUCUACCACACCCAGGCACUGAUUCAGGGCACAAAAGUCUCACCUAAAAGAUGAAAAAGAGAAACAGCUGGAUGCCUUUUUGUGUAUUGAUGAUACCUCAAGAAAAAUCUGCAGACCUCUCCCAGCAGUUUUAUGUUAAACAGCGCUAGGGGCAGGGAGGGGAAUAGAAUUAUGUAGACCCCUGGAGUGUAAUAAAUAAGGGGCUGAGCCACAGUUCCCCAGCAGAACUCUCUGGAAUUAGCCAUCCAAAUAGGAGAACCACCACUAUGUCGUAUCUCAAGCACACAGUUGCGAUAUAUUAUCCUGAUGGUCAAUGACAUCAAAAGCACCUGAGAGGUCCAAGAGAAUCAACAGGGUUUUGAACCCUUUGGUUUUCAGAAAAAGCCAUCCUACAAAUUGCUCAAGGCAGUUUCUGUCCUAAAACCUUGCCUGUAGCCUGAUUUAAAUGGAUAUAGAGAAACACUUUUAUCGAAGCACUUUGCUCAGGACAUGUUGUCAACCAGCCUAUAAUUGGUGACAUUUUCUAGAUGCAUGCUAGGUUUCUUUAUGACCAGUAUUAUAACCUCUGAAGUGGAAGUUAGAAACACCCUGCCUCCCCUGUCAUCUAAGACUAAGACUGAUUCCAAGGAGCCCUCACACUCCACCCUUGGAGAUGGAUUAAUGCCAUUGAAUGCCUAAAGUUUAACUUGAGCAGAUACGUAAAAUUUCCAGAAAUUUUGAAGCCAUGGAGAGGGGGACAGGUUUUUGGGGGGGGGUGAUUGUUUUUUUGGGGUGGAGAAACAACUUUUCUGGGGAAAUGCAUUUUUUUGUUUUGUUUCCAGUGCUCCAUAUUGAAAAUCACUUUGUUACUUUAGGAACCUAGAAUGCAUUGUGCAUAACUUGGUUUGCAAUAGAAUGAUCAUGUCUGUUAUGUUAAAAGUUCAGUUCUUUACAAUAAUUACAAAUUGAAUUUAUUAAAGUUUUGUUUUUGUUUUUUACAAAUGGGGCUACAAGCUGCUAAACUAGCAUCUCUUUGGUUUUGCUAGUUUAUGAGGAAUGGGCAAAAACAGAAACCAAUAUUAUAGUAAAACAAAUUAUUAUUCAGAAAAUAACAGUUAAGCAGACAUAAAGCAUUCAUUUUCAUUAAAAGAGCUGAGAAAAGGGGAGGGGGAACAAAACUCAUUAAAUUUCAUGCAGUGUUCAUUGUCCCAUGUUCUAAAUUAUUGCUAUCAGUUCCUCUUUCUUUAUCUUAAAAGUUUAUUUCCAAUGUAUGUUUGAAUGUAGUAGUUGAAAUGAGAUAUUUAAAUAAGAAAAAAGAAUACAGUGACGCGAAUAAUUAUAUUCAAACAAAUUCGGUUAUCUGAUAGUCAGAGAUUUAAUCUUAAAUCCCUUGUGAUGGUCAGAUCUUGUUUAUAGAGAUGUGAAGGCCCAGAAAAUGAAAUGUUUUCUUUUAGAAUGAUGAACAAAAUGUUUUAAGACACAGUGUUCAUAAAUUUAGUCUCCCAAAAUGAUUUCUAAAGCUCUGUUAACAGAAAGACUUUGAUGUAAGGCUUUGUACAGUAUCAAAUCAUUACAGUUCCUACACACUGAGGACAAGCAGGUCCUGAGCUGUACAUAGAGUACAAUUCUAAAAAGCAAGAGUAAGAUACAUUUUUGCCUCUUGGGAGGCACUGUCAUUGUUAAAAGAGAAUAAAGGAUUCAGUGCAUUCUUUGCUUGUAGCUUUCUUGUUGGAUCUGUUCCUGUCCUCUUGACUAAGCCUCAAAGGAUUUCAAGCAGGAAAAAGUACAGAGCAACAUAAUUUUGUUGCCAUCCAAUUCAGACUGCUGCAAAUCAAUUGGAUCAAAGAUUCAAAGGGAUAAAUGUAAGUGAUAGCACUGCUUCAGCAUUUGACUAGAUUACAAAACAAGCAGCAUUCUUAGGGUUUGAUAUUUGAAAGGUACCUUCAAAAGUUACAGAGAGCAGAAUUAUAUUUAUGUAUUUGGCCAAGUAAUGCAGUCUGGGAUUCUGCACAUCCCUCCUGCAGCAUGGUGGCCAGAUCUUUCCAGUUUGUUUCAAUCUGGGCAUACCUUCAGUUUUAAGAGGCCCAUGAUAAAUACAGUAGGUACAAAGGUGACUCUCUGAGGAUACUGUGCAGCUGAGUUUUGAAAGAUUAUGAUCCUUAUCUUCAAGUGUGAAUUAUUAAAACUUUUAUUAAACUGACAUCCUAUAUUGAAUUCAGAACAAAGAAGCAGGCCAGUUUUAAUUUAAUAAGAAAUGCAAUUCUCAGCCAAUUUUUUACUUAUGCAAGGUGCAGUUUAAAAAAAUAUUACCUAUUAUCACCAGCAUGUGAUUUAAGUCAACAUCAUCACAGUUUGUAUUUACCCAUUACACAAAAACUAUUUUAGUACUAGUUCUGGCUCAUUUAACAAGAUAGUCUAGUAAAACAAUUGCUGUUAUUAAAGGUAGCUGCAUCAGUGAAUUAUUGAAAAUUGUUCCCCAAAAGGUCUGCCACAUUUUUCUUCUUAAUUUUUAAAAAAUGUCUUCAAGGCUGUCUAGACAUCUUUUUUUAAUGGAUUUGUAAAGCAUUAACAUGUGAGCUUCCAACUAAUGUAGAACUCUAAAUACAUAGCAUAGUAGUCUUUAUAUGCUGGAGUUGCAAUGGUGUGUAUUGGUCAGCUUGUCUUGGAUCAGCCAUUACACCACAAACUUAAUUCUUUUCCUGUGUAAAAAUACAUUAACAUUCUGAUGUCCCAUAGACAUUACUGGAACUGUUACAGAACUGCAAACCUAAUCCAAAAAACUGUUAUUUCUUAAGGUGGCUCAUUGCCAUUUUCAGAAGUAAUUGUUUUUCAUUGUGGUGGGAAAUAGAGAGAGACACAGUUCUGUUUUGCUGUGUCAGAGAAAAUGAGUGUGAUGUAAGAGUUAACUGGCACCAGUGCAAAAAGCUGAGACCCCAUCGCAGCCUAGGUCUCAUAUACUCAAAACAGUGUGCUUCUGCUGAUUGGUUGAAUGAUUUACUAUUUAAAGUUGUUUUGGGUGUCUCUUUGCUAUAAAGCACUCAGUUUCAAAAUUCCUCCUUGGUGUGUCAUAUCUUGGGCACAAAUUUUGUUUUCCAGUGAUGGACUGAAUUUGCAGUUCUAAUUCUUUCCUUCUUUCCAGCAUGUGUAAUGUGUCCUUUAAGGAGUUUUGAGAACAAAUGCUCUUUCCUGCUGAUUUGGCAGGGUCUCCUCCCCAUAUUUCAAAAGUGUCUGUUAAGUUCACUUGGUUAUCUGGAUAAUUCAUAGUGAACUAUAUGUAGUAGAUAUAAUCAGGAGAAAGAAGAGUGUCUUCAGUCUUUUGUACUGUGGCUGUUCUUAAUUAUUUUGUGGAAUCGAAAUAGAGAUGAGAGUGUUCUGUUGCUCCCAAGCAGCUGAAUACAGUGGCAAACCAGAGCAGCGCACGGAAACACCAUUUACCUUCCCGCCAGAGCAGUGCCUAUUUAUCUACUUGCACUUUGACGUGCUUUUGAACUGCUAGGUUGGCAGGAGCAGGGACCGAGCAACGGGAGCUCACCCCGUUGCGGAGAUUCGAACCAUCGACCUUCUGAUCGGCAAGCCCUAGGCUCUGUGGUUUAGACCACAGCGCCACCCGCAUCCCUAAUGAUAUUGGUAGUUACAAUUUAAAUCACUUUUCUAGUGAUUUUGUAACAUCUUUCACAGUUUCCACAUUAUGGGUUUAUUGAGCUAUUCGUCAUGACUCCAAUAUCUCCCAGUGUGGAGAAAUCUUUUUGGAAAUCUACUAAAUCACAGUAUCUUCAGCAAACUUGACCUCCUCACUUCUCAAGGCCUUUGUAGAUCCAGGGACAGAGAGGUAACUUCAAUUUUGCUUGUUUGCUUCUGUACACAUAUCUGACCUCAGGUUUGAGGUUUAGAAACCUUGGGUUGGUUCUAAACUGCAUUUUGAGGAACACAGGGAAGUUACUGAUCAGACAUCCAUUCACUUACCUUUUGUUCUUUCUCUGCUUUCUGUGAUAGUAACUUCUGAAGUCCUUACUAAAGCACAAGUCCUAUCUGAGCUGCAUGGCCCUCUAUCCUUUCUCGAUCCUAUCGUUUCUGGCACUGGGCCGUGUUGCAAAGCCUGUGGUCCUCAAGUUUUUAAGAGAUCUGGGAUUGCUGUCUCUGUUUUGGGCUGAUAGGUCUCAUUUGAAAGUAUUUUUAGGCACAGGUUUUCAUGGCUACAAGUAAUACAGGACUUCAUUGCUUCUGUGGUCUUAUCAAUGUGCAUUGCCCAUUGUACAGUAUCCUGGAAUAGGGCUUCUCAGUGGUGGCACCUUGACUCCCUGACCCUGAUUUGCAUUCAAUACAGUGGUACCUCUGGUUGCAGACAGGAUCCGUUCCGGAGCUCUGGUCGGAUCCUGAGAUUUCCGCAACCGGAGGGAUCGCUUCUGCUCAUGGCGCAGUAGAGCGCUUCUGCGCAUGUGUGCGAGGCGAAACCCGGAAAAAUACUUUCGGGUUUGCCGCGUACAUAUCCCGAAGGAUACGUAACCAGAGGUAAACGUAAGUAGAGGUACCACUGUAUAGCACUAAGCAGAUCGUUCUGACAGCAUAAGGAUUUCUGCAUGCACAGUGGAACAGUCUUCUCCUCUCGUCCUCUUGUGCUCCCCUAAAUCUGUUCUAGGGUUUCCCCAUGCCCUUCAGAGAAGAUUGGGAGGCACAUGCAGGGUUCCUUAAGACAAUUGUUCACCCAAGCUUUUGGGAGAUCAGUGCCUGGUGCUAGACUACUUGAACUGAUUUAUCUGCUGCUUUAUCAUUAAUGUAUUUUAAACUCUUGCUUUUAAUGUAUAUUGCUGUUUUGUUGUUGGUCUUUAAAUAGAAUAAAUAAUAAUAAUUAGAUACUCAGAAAUGUGGAUUAUAUAAAUGCAGGUGUUGUAUGUUUGAGUUUAAUUGCAAUGUUUUAUUUUGCCAAGCAAAGUGUUCAAAAUAUUUGCAAGGGAGAAACAGUGACAUAGGCAAAGUCAGCCACCUCAUUAGUCCAUACUUGGACCUAUGCUUAUUGUUUAAUUAAAAUGAACCAAAAUGGGUUACUUCUAAUCUGGUGUUUAAGAGCAGGCCUUAACAAUAAAUCUGGUCUGAAAAUUCUGAACUCUAUCCCAUAAAAUGAAAGCAGAUGAGAAGUUGGCAGCAAGUUAUCUACUUGGCAAGAUUAAUCCUCUCUUCACCAAAUUGAGGUGGAAGGAUUAAAUCUAUAGCAAGAUUCUAAGUAAUACUGAAUCCUGUUUUGGCUCUCUCCCUUUGCUGGGAUUUGAGCAAGUCUGUUCUUUCUUUCCUUUUUAAGGACAGCUUGCCAAAUGUAGCACAUAUGGUAUUGUUAGGCCUUGAUUUACCUCUGAGAGGAGCUGUAGCUGGGAUCCAAUUCAGGUGCAGGUGGGUAAAAAUCAGAAAAGCAAUAGAUGUGGUCACUUGGCAGGCUGGGAGUCUGGAAGUGCAUCAAGCAGAUGAGGAUCAAAGGGUUAGCAGUAGGAGGUAGAUCCAGGCAGAAGGCUGAGUUCCAAGACAGCAAUAGGUUGAAGGGGCAGGUGCAGUGUCAAAUGCAGGUUGUGGUAGCAAUCCAAUCUUAACACUCAAAGGCUACCUAAGAACUAAGAAUGCUGGUUGCACAGUAAGGUGCUGGACAACCUGGUUUGAAACCCUUGACAUCUUACACCUAUCCUUAAAGCAUGACGUGAUUCUGGACUCCUUUGGAAGUAAGGGUAAGAUAUAAAUUUAGAUGAUGUAUAUCUGAGGGUAUGUCCUGCUCUCCUUAUAAGGCUAGAACCUCAAAAGAGCAGUGUGUGUGCUUGUCUCUCCUGGAGAAAAAAUUGCCCUUAGGCUAAAAUGAAAGAUGUGUGUCUGUUAUAUAAUCCAAAUAAGAGAUUUGAUAGUUUAAUUUGUUCAUGCGCAUAACAACUUCACAUGCUUCAGUUCAUACAUUCAGAUGAAAAAGAUAUUGCAGUAUUGUGGCUUCUAGAAGUACUAAGUUCUCACUGUGCUGCUUUUUUUCUUUUCUGGGGAGGUGUUUCCCUCUGUGUGUGUGUGUAGUACUUCUGCAUAGUGUUCAAAACUCCCAUUGUGCUAGGCACAUUUUGUGACAAGGAAUUUCAUUAGCGUGAGCAGUUUCUGAGCUCUGAGCGUAGCACUGUGCCUAAGAGUUCAGAUUAAAACUGCAGAGUAGAAGGAAAGGAGGACCUUUUUCUGCCUCCCUACUUCCAGCUACUCUCUGAAGACUGGAGAAGAGUCUCUCUUAAGAAUAUUAGGGGUGGGCAGAGGAAGGAGUAGACCAUGUGAAAAAUGAACAUAAUAUUUUAGCUGCAGUUCAUUCAUUUUUAGGUUGGUAUUGUUAUAAAAAAGCACACCUAGACAUUCCGUUGUUGCGCCCAUAACCUAGGUUUAAGGUGCCAUUUAGCUCCUAGCUUUCAUAUCUCAGUUUCUAGCACUGCUUCUGCAUAACUUGGGUUUAACUCUAGCACACUGCUCCCUCUUGCUUGUUUCUUGUUGGUUCUGUUUUGGCUCCAGCCUUAACAGCAUGGCGGUACUGAUUUCAGUAUUAGAGAGGAUAAUGUGGUUGCUUGGCUAAUAAGAGCAGUGGUCCACAACUGCUGUUUGUAUGGCUCCAGCAAUGACUACCUGUCCCUGCAGACACAGCAGAGUGAGUCCCUUUCCCUAAGUUGCUGGUGCAUCAGAGUGUACUUGGAGUGGGUCUUUUUCUCUUUUAAAGAAAACAAACUUUUAUUGAAGAAAUAAAAUUUCUUCUAUAGAUAUAUUUUUGUACAUUUUUAUGAUAGAUGUCUUUCUAACACCAUACCUAUCAGUUUUCAACUAGAUGCUUAUGCUCCUCAGUAGUAUACCAUAAUUAAAAACCACUGGUUAUGUAUGCCAUGAUACAGUGGUACCUCCGGUUGUGAACGGGAUUCGUUCCGGAGGUCGGCCGCAUCCUGAGGAAUUUGCAACCGGAGGACCGCUCUGCACAUGCGCGUGGCGUGGUUUAGUGCUUCUACACAUCCGUGAGCAGCGAAACCUGGAAAAAUACUUCCGGGUUUGCCACUUUCGCAACCCGAAGUUUACGUUACCCGAGGGUAACGUAAGCUGAGGGUCCACUGUAUGUAUUUAAAUUUUGUUUCAUAAUUGUUCAUUACUUAUCUUGAAAUCUUAUAUUUUACUAUAUAACCCUUUUUGAUGUUGUGAAUUACUUUGAGCAGAGUUUACCAUGGAAAAGCAGCAUACAAAUAAAAUAAAUGAUUAUAUAUAGGUGCCCAGAGACUGAAAUUAUGAUAUUAAUGAUUUCUAUUUGGUCCCUUGUGAACAUCUGCAAGGACACUAAAAAAGAGUGGUUACACAAAGCAGAAGAAAUUGCUCUGACCCAUAAAUUGAAAAUUAUAAUACAGUAGAGUUGUUAUUUGAAUAUAUGUGUGCUGAGUCACAUACAAAAUUGACCAAAUCCACAUGUUCUGCCUUUUCUUAUCCUUAAUAAAAGAGGCUUGUUCUGAAUAGGAAUUUAGAAUUCAUUGAGAAAUACAGCAGACUCAUCUGGUGCUUUUCUUGGAAAAAGAAUGGAAGAAGCUUAAAUGGAAGGAUUUUUUUAAAGGAUGGAAAAUCAUGGCAAAUGCAACAGGAAAUUGGAUUGUAAGAUACCGAACUAGGUGCAAAUGAAUACAUAAUAUGAAAAUAAUUAUGGAUGCAUCAGAGUGAAGAGAUUCUUGUGUGCACAAAGAUGAAAACAUUCACAGUAUUGUUUAACAUGGAGGAAUGUUUGUUGAAGUUAUUGGAGGCAAAGUUGAUAUAUUUGAUUAGAGAAAAAAAGAAUGGUUGACAUUUAUUAAUAAUAGAGAACCCCUUUUGGACUUUAUGUGUGGAAAGGAAAAUGAAUAAAUUUGAGACAUUUGUGUCUAAAAAUUGGGAAAAUAUUGCUUAGCAGAAAGUAGAACAGUUGGAUGUCAUCCUAGAGUGAAUAUUUUGAAUAAUUUCUUUUAUGUAACUGAGGACAGAAAAGCAGAAGUCCAUUUUAUUUAUUUAGUUUUCCUUUUUCUUCUGUUCUUUACUUCUGGGUGAGAGCUGGGAGGGUUCACCACUUUCUGCGUCAGACAAAGGUUAAGAGCUACCUUUGAGAGAGAACUCUAGGUUUUCUUUCCUCUUUCUUUUUCAUUUAAAUUAGUUUCUUUUCUCUUAUUGUAUUAUGAAAAUGCUUUAAUAAAAUAUUAUGCAAAAGAGAGAGAGAAAUACAGCAGACUCCUAUCUGGUUAGGACAGACUUCAAAGGCAACACACCUCUCCUGGGGAGAGGCCAUAGCAUAUACAGUGGUGCCUCGCAAGACGAAAUUAAUUCGUUCCGCAAGUUUUUUCUUCUUGCGAGUUUUUCGUCUUGCGAUGCACGGUUUCCCAUAGGAAUGCAUUGAAAAUCAAUUAAUGCGUUCCUAGGAAGCCGACUUCAGACCAGGUCCGGGGACAGUCUGUCCCCGACCUCUUCUGAAGGCUGGGGGGGACAAGGGCUUUUCUUCCCACCCACCCCAGCAUUUUAAAACCCGGGACAGCGGAGGGCUUCUCCGCUGUCCGGGCGAUCUUAAAAUGCUGGCGGGCGGCAUUUUAAAAUUGCCCCGGGCCAGCGGAGGACUUCUCCGCUGUCCGGGGCAAUUCAAAGCCCCUGGGAAGGCAGGCAGGGGGACAAAGACUUUGCCCCCGCCAGCCUUCAGAAGAGGUCCUGGACCUCUUCUGAAGGUUGGCGGGGCGAAAGUCUUGUCCCCCACCUGCCUUCAAAAGCUGUCCAGCCAAGGCUUCGCGGACCUCUCCGCAAGCAGCGGCAGCACUGCCGCUGCUUGCGGAGAGUUGCCGGCAUGCCGAAGCCUGCGCGCGCUGAGAUCAGCGCGCCCAGGCUUCGCGGACCUCUCCGCGAGCAGCGGCAGCGCUGCCGCUGCUUGCGGAGAGUUGCCGGCAUGCCGAAGCCUGCGCGCGCUGAGAUCAGCGCGCCCAGGCUUCGCGGACCUCUCCGCGAGCAGCGGCAGCGCUGCCGCUGCUUGCGGAGAGUUGCCGGCAUGCCGAAGCCUGCGCGCGCUGAGAUCAGCGCGCCCAGGCUCCGCGGACCUCUCCGCGAGCAGCGGCAGCGCUGCCGCUGCUUGCGGAGAGUUGCCGGCAUGCCGAAGCCUGCGCGCGCUGAGAUCAGCGCGCCCAGGCUUCGCGGACCUCUCCGCGAGCAGCGGCAGCGCUGCCGCUGCUUGCGGAGAGUUGCCGGCAUGCCGAAGCCUGCGCGCGCUGAGAUCAGCGCGCCCAGGCUUCGCGGACCUCUCCUGCCUUCAAAAGCCGUCCGGGAUAGCGGGAGCGCUUCCCUGCUAUCCCGGACUGCUUUUAAAAUGCUGGCGGUGGGGGGCAAAGCCUUUCGGCCCCCCCCAGCCUUCCUGGACCUCUUCUGUAGGCCGGAGGGGGAAGGCUUUGCUCCCCACCGCUAGCAUUUAAAAGAGGUCCCGGAGAUUUCCCUAUGGGCUUUCGUCUUGCGAAGCAAGCCCAUAGGGAAAUUCGUUUUGCGAAGCGCCUCCAAAACGGAAAACCCUUUCGUCUAGCGGGUUUUCCGUCUUGCGAGGCGUUCGUCUUGCGGGGCACCACUGUACAGUGGUACCUCUAGAUGCGAACGGGAUCCUUUCUGCAGCCCUGUUCGCAUCCUGAAGCGAACGCAGCCCGCGCGUGCGCGGUCACAAUUUGCUGCUUCCGCGCAUGCGCGUGACAUCAUCUUGAGUGUAUGCACGAGUGGCGAAACCUGGAAGUAACAUGCUCCAUUACUUCUGGGUUGCCGCGGAGCAUAACCCGAAAAUGCUCAACCUGAAGCUACUUCAGCCCGAGGUAUGACUGUAGCCCAAAGCUAGUGGCUAAGGGUUAAUCGCUGCUUAAUUAUGGCAAGGUGUGAAGAUAAUAAAUGGUCUGUUUUUAGGUGCAAUACAAUUAAAACAUCCUUUGAGAUUGCAUACUGUGCCCUCAGUGCUUUGAGAUUGAGAUGGAACAGGUGGUGACUUCUUGUUUUUAAAAAAUUGCAGGUGGAUUGAUAGGAUUGACUACAUUGAGGAGUGCUCACUUUACUGCCACACCUGCUGGUGA